AUGUACGGGCGUCAAGAAGAAAAAUAUUACUUUGGGAUACAAACAGAAAACGAAAUAGAAAGUGACGAAGAUGACAAUUUGCCUCUCAGUAUUUUAAAACAAAACAUCAAAAGAGCUUCAUCAGUUUAUAGAAAGUUACCGGAAAAUUCGAGAAGUGCAAAAGAAAUAACGGAUAAUGACAACAGGAAAAAGGAAGUAUAUAAGAGUGCUUUUAGUGUUGCUGAGCCAGUUACAACUGUUUUGAAGUCAAUUAGCGAGCCUGGCAGUAAAUGUCUCCAAAAUGUUCCACUGAGUGUUAAUACCGAUCAGGCCAGGGACUUAACAUCUCUUAAAUUAAAAUAUGAUAACAUCAAGAGAAAUUUAAAAAAGAAAAUUCAAAACAAUAAAAAGCAGUUGACAAAAACCGGCGGAGGACCACCACAGGAAGAACCACUCUUAUGGUAUGAGGAAGCUUUAUAUCAGGUGCUUCAAGUGAGUAUUGAUGGGCUACCAUCAGAAGGCGAUUCCGAUGCCCUAACGACCCCUUUGAAAAAAAAUGACCCAAAACCCAGCACAUCAUAUUCAUUUCGCGCCUUGUUGGAAGAUAAUCCAGAUGGGGAGGCAUUAAGGACAGUCGAAAUAGUCGAAAUAGAUGUCGUUUCUGAUAUUGGAGAAAGCUCUACCAGAGCAAAAUCAGGCUGGAAUUUGAAAAGGAAAAGGACAAUUUCGGCUGUUGAUAAAGAAACUUCUCUUCACGCCUUCGAGGCAUUAUCAGAAAAAAAAACCGAUUUAGCGUCGGAGCAGAAAAAAUGCUUUGAAGUUGAGCUUCGCAUGAAGCUAGUAGAAGAAAAAAAACCAAAAAGAGGAAUGGGACAUUAG